CAACCCUAUUCUCUAUUCUCUUCCCUCUUUUCUUUUGCCAUUUGCAGUUUCACCAAUUGUUUAUUAUUCACUCAAGUUUGAUACUCGGUGGAAAUCUUCUGAUUCUCCCAUUACGAGGCUCUUAUAAACUAAGCCUCACAGUGAGAUUUGAUCGAACCUGCAUUCAUUCAUUCUUCCUCAGGCUUUUGCGUAGAAGAAAGAACCCGUGACAGUGCAAACACACAGAGAGACAGAGAGAUGAGGAGCUGUGCCACUACCAGCUUCCUACUUCACAUUGCUAUACUUUUCCUUCUCUUCUCAGCAUGUUCUUCUUCGUACAGUGAUCUUGAAGUUCUGUUGAAGCUUAAGUCCGCCAUGAAAGGACCCAAAGGUGCAGACUUGAAAGACUGGGAGGUCUCUUCUUCUCCAGCGGCGCAUUGCUCUUUCCCCGGGGUUUCAUGUGACGAAGAUUUACGAGUUGUUUCUCUCAACGUGACUGAUAUAAAACUCUUCGGUUUUCUUCCACCGGAGAUUGGCUUACUGGACAAGCUAGUGAACCUAACACUCGCCGCCACCAAUCUCACCGGAAGUCUUCCAUUAGAAAUGGGGAACCUCACGUCACUCAAGUUCCUCAACAUCUCCAACAACGUCUUCGUCGGCCAAUUCCCCGGCGAAGUCACUCUCGGAAUGGCAAGCCUCGAAGUUCUCGACAUUUACAACAACAAUUUCUCUGGCCCACUUCCUACAGAGAUUGUGAACUUGAAAAACCUCAAGCAUCUUUGUCUCGGUGGGAACUACUUUUCUGGGUCAAUCCCAGACUCCUACUCCGAGAUUCAAAGCCUCGAGUUCUUGGGCUUGAAUGGUAACUCACUCACAGGCAAGAUUCCGGCGAGUUUGGGUCGGUUAAAGAAUCUCCAAAAAAUGUUCGUUGGGUACUACAACGCUUUCGAAGGUGGUAUUCCAGAUGAGUUGGGUUCGCUCACUUCGCUUCAACGAUUAGACAUGGCUAGCUGUAGCCUUACUGGUGAAAUUCCUCAGAGUUUAGGCCUUUUGAAGAACUUGGACUCGUUGUUUCUCCAAAUAAACCGUCUCACAGGUUUGAUACCUCCUGAACUCUCUAACUUACAAAACUUGCUUUCUUUGGAUCUCUCAAUCAACCAACUUACUGGUAAUAUACCAGAUAAUUUUUCAAGGCUUGAGAAUAUUAAGCUAAUCAAUUUGUUUAAGAACAAGCUACAAGGUCCAAUCCCGGAAUUUAUUGGCGAGUUACCGAAUCUCGAAGUGUUUCAGAUAUGGGAAAACAAUUUCACAUUGCAACUACCUGAGAAUCUGGGGAGAAAUGGAAAGUUGAAAGACCUCGACGUGACGUCCAACCACCUCACCGGUUUGAUUCCUCGAGAUUUGUGCAAAGGAGGGAUGUUGAAGACGCUGAUUCUCAUUCAGAAUUUCUUUGUCGGUCCGAUCCCUGAGGAACUCGGAGAGUGUAAAUCGCUUCUCAAAGUCAGAGUCACGAAGAACCAACUCAACGGUACGAUUCCGGCGGGUCUUUUCAACUUGCCAUUAGCGCAGGUGGUGGAGCUCGACGAUAAUAACUUAUCCGGUGAUCUUCCUUCGGAUUUUUCAGGGGAAAGUCUCGGGAUUCUCUCACUUUCCGGUAAUAGAAUUACCGGGAAAAUUCCCAAGGGAAUUCAAAAUCUCAAUAGUUUGCAGACUUUGUCCCUGGAAAUGAACUCGUUUUCCGGUGAGAUUCCGAAGGAAUUGUUCCAGCUAAAGAUGCUCGCGAAGUUCAAUAUAAGCGAUAACAAUGUCAGCGGCGAAAUCCCGGGUUCGAUUUCUGAGUGUAGUUCUUUAACCACGGUCGAUUUUAGCGGAAACAGUCUGUUUGGGGAAAUUCCUAAAGGGAUUACCGAACUGAAUGUUCUCAGCGUUCUCAAUUGCUCGAGAAAUCAACUUACGGGUCAAAUUCCUGAUGAAAUUCGAAACAUGACGUCCCUCACAACGCUCGAUCUUUCUUACAACAAUUUGGAGGGCAGAAUUCCCACUGGAGACCAGUUUUCUGUUUUCAAUGAAAGUUCCUUCGCUGGAAACCCCAAUCUCUGCUCGCCACGUCAUGUUUCUUGCCCGUUCUUGGUCAAUUCGGGUCGCGGUUCGGGUCGGAGGAGUACCAACCCGGGUACUUGGAAGAUAAUUGUGAGCGUGAUUGCACUCGUAACGGCUCUCUUACUGGGUGUGGUUACGGGUUACACGCUCCACAAGAGGAAAGUCCAGAACUCUCGAGCCUGGAAACUCACCGCGUUUCAAAAGCUCGAUUUCAAAGCGGAAGAUGUUCUAGAGUGUUUGAAAGAAGAGAACAUCAUUGGCAAAGGUGGGUCCGGGAUUGUGUACCGUGGGUCCAUGCCGUUCGGCAUUGACGUGGCGAUCAAACGUUUGGUGGGUCGAGGGAGUGGACAGAGUGACCAUGGUUUCACGGCUGAGAUUCAAACGUUGGGUCGAAUUCGACACCGGUUUAUAGUGAAGCUGUUGGGUUACGUGUCGAACAAGGACACGAACUUGUUGUUGUACGAGUACAUGCCGAACGGGAGUUUGGGGGAAAUGUUGCAUGGGUCGAAAGGUGGGCAUUUGCAAUGGGAUAUGAGGUACAAAAUAGCCGUGGAGGCUGCUACGGGGUUGUGUUAUCUUCACCAUGAUUGUUCGCCUAUGAUUAUUCAUAGGGAUGUGAAGUCUAAUAAUAUAUUGCUGGACUCAGACUUUGAGGCUCAUGUUGCUGAUUUUGGGCUCGCCAAGUUUCUUCAGGAUGCUGGGGCCUCGGAGUGCAUGUCCUCCAUUGCUGGAUCGUAUGGUUACAUUGCCCCAGAGUACGCUUACACGCUAAAAGUGGACAAGAAAAGCGAUGUGUACAGUUUUGGUGUUGUGCUACUGGAACUGAUAGCAGGGAGGAAACCAGUGGGGGAGUUUGGUGAUGGGGUAGACAUUGUGAGAUGGGUUAGGAAAACAGCAUCAGAACUUUCUCAGCCAUCUGAUGCAGCUUCAGUUCUCGCAGUUGUGGACCCUAGGCUCAGUGGGUACCCUCUCACAGGUGUGAUACAUUUGUUUAAGAUAGCUAUGCUGUGUGUUGAAGAUGAAAGCUCUGCUAGGCCCACCAUGAGAGAAGUUGUUCACAUGCUCACAAAUCCUCCUCAGUCUGCUCCAAGCCUUGUGAACCUUUAGUUUAUAAACUUAUAUAAUAUAUACUCUUGGUGCUAAAGAUCAAUGUUUUUGGAGUAAAUAAUAGUAAAGUAAUUUGUAAUAACAGGUGGUGGGUGCAAGAAAUGUUUCACUAAACUACCAAGCUUCAUGGUGGCUUACUUAAGCUUUUAAGCUUGACUUGGUUUGAAUUGAUCAAAUUUUCUUUUUGUCACUGUAAAAUGUUACUUCUGGGUUGUUAACUUGGUCAGUUAAGCUAAUAUAUGGUGUUUAUUGUGA